AAAGGGGCCAAAUAAAGAUGGUGACUUGCGUUGCCUGCCGGUAGUUGUAGUUUUGCUGGGCUCUCCUCGUCGUCUUCCCCACUCUGCAGCCCAAGCCAAAGAGUCUGAGAGACCACAUUUCCUAGGAUGCCGUGCGGUGCGUCCAGCUGCACUUCCUCCUUAGGCGGAGGUAAGGAUUCAGGGAAGCUUGGUUAAAAACAGAGUUAAAGGCAGUGGGAGUCGAAGGAGAGGGUCUGAAGUUCACGACUACUAGAAGGGGAGGGGAGUGGAAAGGAUCUCAGUGAAAAAGGUAUUAGAAUUAUUUCUGAAUUUAUCAGUCUCUCAUUUGUGCUUUGGGGAAGCAGAAAAGGCAAAAGGGGUCUUUGGCCAUCUUCUGCUGGAGCUUUUAGAGAGGAUGUGUGUCCGAGAGACCAGAUGUGCCGAGUUUGACAUCCCAGAAGCCCAAGAGGAAAAGAACCACAGGGAGGAAAAGACUGUCCAAAGGCUUCUGUAGUCUUCUCUGCUCUAACCUUGGAAGGUUUUGAACAAUAUUUCUCAGAGGAUGGCCUUUCACUUACUCAUCUGUCCAGCAUGACUCAUCCCCAGGAGUGUUGAGGCCUGGACAAUCUGAAUUCUGCCAACCUCUUCAGUUCAGAACCAGCUUGACCCCAGGCCCCAUCACUCUGCCAGUCACCACAGUCCUCUAGGAAUUUGCCUUGGGAGUAUUGUAUGUUCACAUCUGCCUGUUGCAUGAUGGAAUUUGAACAUUACUUCCAGAGGUUUUAUGUUUUGGAUUAAUUGAGUUUGUCCUCUGCCGACUGUUUCUUCGGACGCAUUUUUUGGUGUGCUCUUGAGGGAUUAAAUGCAAAGAGAUCAUACCAUGGACUACAAGGAAAGCUGCCCAAGUGUAAGCAUUCCCAGCUCUGAUGAACACAGAGAGAAAAAGAAGAGGUUUACUGUUUAUAAAGUUCUGGUUUCAGUGGGAAGGAGUGAAUGGUUUGUCUUCAGGAGAUAUGCAGAGUUUGAUAAACUUUACAACACUUUAAAAAAACAGUUUCCUGCUAUGGCCCUGAAGAUUCCUGCCAAGAGAAUAUUUGGUGAUAAUUUUGAUCCAGAUUUUAUUAAACAAAGAAGAGCAGGACUAAAUGAAUUCAUUCAGAACCUUGUUAGGCAUCCAGAACUUUAUAACCAUCCAGAUGUCAGAGCAUUCCUUCAAAUGGACAGUCCAAAACACCAGUCAGAUCCAUCUGAAGAUGAGGAUGAAAGAAGUUCUCAGAAGCUACACUCUACCUCACAGAACAUCAACCUGGGACCAUCUGGAAAUCCUCAUGCCAAACCAACUGACUUUGAUUUCUUAAAAGUUAUUGGAAAAGGCAGCUUUGGCAAGGUUCUUCUUGCAAAACGGAAACUGGAUGGAAAAUUUUAUGCUGUCAAAGUGUUACAGAAAAAAAUAGUUCUCAACAGAAAAGAGCAAAAGCAUAUUAUGGCUGAACGUAAUGUGCUUUUGAAAAAUGUGAAACAUCCAUUUUUGGUUGGAUUGCAUUAUUCCUUCCAAACAACUGAAAAGCUUUAUUUUGUUCUGGAUUUUGUUAAUGGAGGAGAGCUUUUUUUCCACUUACAAAGAGAACGGUCCUUUCCUGAGCACAGAGCUAGGUUUUAUGCUGCUGAAAUUGCUAGUGCAUUGGGUUACUUACACUCCAUCAAAAUAGUAUACAGAGACUUGAAACCAGAAAAUAUUCUUUUGGAUUCAGUAGGACAUGUUGUCUUAACAGAUUUUGGGCUUUGUAAAGAAGGAAUUGCUAUUUCUGACACCACUACCACAUUUUGUGGGACACCAGAGUACCUUGCACCUGAAGUAAUUAGAAAACAGCCCUAUGACAAUACUGUGGAUUGGUGGUGCCUUGGGGCUGUUCUGUAUGAAAUGCUGUAUGGAUUGCCUCCUUUUUAUUGCCGAGAUGUUGCUGAAAUGUAUGACAAUAUCCUUCACAAACCCCUAAGUUUGAGGCCAGGAGUGAGCCUUACAGCCUGGUCCAUUCUGGAAGAACUCCUAGAAAAAGACAGGCAAAAUCGACUUGGUGCCAAGGAAGACUUUCUUGAAAUUCAGAGUCAUCCUUUUUUUGAAUCACUCAGCUGGGCUGACCUUGUACAAAAGAAGAUUCCACCACCAUUUAAUCCUAAUGUGGCUGGACCAGAUGAUAUCAGAAACUUUGACACAGCAUUUACAGAAGAAACAGUUCCAUAUUCUGUGUGUGUAUCUUCUGACUAUUCUGUAGUGAAUGCCAGUGUAUUGGAGGCAGAUGAUGCAUUCGUUGGUUUCUCUUAUGCACCUCCUUCAGAAGACUUAUUUUUGUGAACAGUUUGCCAUUCAGAAACCAUUGAGCAAAAUAAGUCUAUAGAUGGGACUGAAACUUCUAUUCAUGUGAAUAUAUUCAAAUAUGUAUAACUAGUGCCUCAUUUUUACAUGUAAUGAUGAAAACUAUGAAAAAAUGUAUUUUCUGCUAUGUGCAAGGAAAAAUAGGGCAUUUCAAAGAGCUGUUUUGAUUAAAAUUUAUAUUCUUGUUUAAUAAGCUUAUUUUUAAACAAAAUGUAAAAGCUCUUAUUCUUAGCAUUAACCUAUUUUUAAAGAAACCUUUUUUGCUAUUGACUGUUUUUUCCCUCUAAGUUUACACUAACAUCUACCCAAGAUAGACUGUUUUUUAACAGUCAAUUUCAGUUCAGCUAACAUAUAUUAAUACCUUCGUAACUCUUUACUAUGGCUUUUGUUAUCACAUCAAAACUAUGCAAUUGGUACAUGGUUGUUUAAGAAGAAACCGUAUUUUUCCAUGAUAAAUCACUGUUUGAAAUAUUUGGUUCAUGGUAUGAUCAAAGUGUAAAAGCAUAAUGAAUACAUUGGCUGCUAGUUAACAUGGAAUAACUUUAUUCUGCAGAUCAUUUAAGAAGUAACAGGCCGGGCGCAGUGGCUCACGCCUGUAAUCCCAGCACUUUGGGAGGCUGAGGUGGGUGAAUCACCUGAGGUCAGGAGUUCGAGACCAGCCUGACCAACAUGGAGAAACCCCAUCUCCACUAAAAAUACAAAAUUGGCCGGGCAUGGUGGCGCAUGCCUAUAAUCCCAGCUACUCGGGAGGCUAAGGAAGGAGAAUCGCUUGAACCCGGGAGGCGGAGGUUGCUGUGAGCCAAGAUCGCGCCAUUGCACUCCAGCCUGGGCAACAAGAGGGAAACUCCAUCUCAAAAAAAAAUGAGUAACAAAAGGAAAUUAUUGUUUUUGAAAUACCAAUUCAACUUUGUGGAUUAUUUUUCCUCCAAAGGAAAAGACAAAGUUUAAUGGUUAGGAUUUUUAAGUAUUCCCAAAGAUCUGAAGGGUAAUAAAAUGUACUGCUGGAUUUUUUAAGGUGGUACCAAAAAUGAAUGUCUCUCUGUCAUAUAUUUAUAUUAGAAAUACAUUGUGUUUAUGUUCUGUUCAUCUUUUGAAUGUUUAGUAUGCUAUUAAGUCAUUCUAAAUCUUUGUAUUUGCUUUUGCAAAUAGGUAUUUCAAAGCUCUUUUCCUAAUUGGUUAAGUAAAAUAAAAAAUUGAGCUUUCUAGAGUAUUUGCCUAAUUGGGAAUUAAAAAAUGGAAUAACAGGCCAGGCAUGGUGGCUCAUGCCUAUAAUCCCAGCAUUCUGGGAGGCCGAGGCAGACAGAUUAUUUGAGCUCAGGAGUUUGAGACCAUCCUGGGCAACGUAGCGAAACCCUAUCUCUACAAAAAAUACAAAAAUUAGCCAGACAUGGUGACACAUAUCUUUAGUCCCAGCUACUCUGGAGGCUGAAGUUAGAGGAUGACUUGAGCCCAGGAGAUGGAAGUUGCAGUGAACUGAAAUCGUGCCACUGCACUUUUCAGCCUGGGUGCCAGAGCAAGACCCUAGUUAAGAAAAAAAAAAAAAAAAAAAUUGUAGGUCAGUGUAAAUGUGUAUAGUUUUAUUGCAAUGUAACAAAAGCUGAAAAUCAGGCAGAUGUGUAUUCAGUAUCUAAUUCAAUAUAUCUGAGAAAAAGUACAGGAAACAGACCUUAAAAUCGUAACCUACCAACUAACUUACAUGCUUAUAAAAGUAAAGGAGAAUAACUGGCUGGGCAUGGUGGCUCAUGCCUAUAAUAUCCCAGCACUUUGGGAGGCCAAGGCAGGAGGAUCAGUUGAGCCCACAAGUUCAAGACUAGCCUGGGCAAUGUAAUGACACCUCAUUUCUAUUUAUUAAAAAAAAAUAAAAAAUAAAAAAUAAAUAACUACAGAAGAACUUUAAAAAAUUAAAAAUAAGCUUACCUUGGAUUCUUGGCUUAGAGUAGAGGUUUUUUUAAGUUAUGUAGGAAACAUUUUUGUAAAAGUUUAAUGACCCACGUUAGAUGCUCCAAGAACAAGCAUCCCUUCCAUGUAUGUCUUGAAAAAGAAAUCACGAAAGCAUUUCUCACCAAUAUUCUGUGGCUUAAAAGUGUUUAGCAGAAUUGGGCAGUGGGGGUGGCAGUGUGCUUUUCUUAUAUUAAUAAUAUUUACAUCCAAUACACUGAAUCUUCCUUUAGAGGUAAGACUUUAAUAUCUACACUGUAAAUAUUUGGUUUAUUUGGCACUACUGUAAGUUUCAUUUUUACACAAAGCUCUUAUUAUAAAUCAAAAUAAAAAUUGUAGUUUCUUGUAUGAUUUUUUGUACUCAUUCAUUCCUGUUAAGCUGCCAAAAAUUAAAGUGCAAUAUUGUAUAUUUUUAAGAACAAAUUUAAAAUAGAAUUUUGAUGUUUCUCAGAUCACAAGAAAUACAAAUCUAUAUAGUAUAAUAAAAUCAGCAAAAAAAUCAA